AUGUCCACUGAAACAAAUAAUAAUUUAUGUAUUGGAUGUAAUAAACCAUUCAAAUCAACAGAUAAUAUAAAGACAUCAAAUUUUAAAAAAUAUCAUGAACAAUGUUUUAGUCAAGAUUUAAACUGUUCAAAAUGUUCAGGACCAAUCAUUGCAUCAGCAGAACAUAAACAAGUAUUGGGUAAAAUUUAUCAUUCAAAAUGUUUUACAUGUGCAUCUUGUUCAAAAGUUUUAUCAGAUAACGAUUUUUCAGAAAUUUCAGGUAUUCCUUGUUGUAAAAGUUGUUUUACUGAAAUUAAAUUUAAUCCAAAUUUUGCAAUUUCCAAAUUUGGAUCAGCAAGUGCAAUAACUCAAAAUGAUGAAAAAACCAAAGAAAAAUUUGAAAUGAAAACCAACUUAUAUAAUAAUUUACAAAAAGGUAAAGAUAUUUGUACAUGGUGUAGAAAUCAGAUUCAAGCAGACCCAGAUAAUGAAGCAGUUUCAUUUGGUGGUAAUAUUUAUCAUAGUAAUUGUUUUACAUGCUCAAAAUGUUCAUCAUCAAUUGGUAAAAAUCAAUUUGUUACAGGUUCUGACGGUUCUGCAAUUUGUAAAUCAUGUUCAGAUAAAUCUAAACAAGUAAAUUGUUUUGCUUGUAAAAAACCAAUUGAUUCAACUUUUACUGUUGUUAGUGGUAAUAAAUAUCAUCCAAAUUGUUUUGUUUGUUCUCAAUGUAAAGGAAGUUUAGAGAAAGGAUAUAUCGAAAAGGAUGGCCCAGUGUGUGGAAAAUGUGCAGCAACUUUUACUCAACCACAAACUCGUACAUUUGCUUAUUCAAAUGGAAAAGGUGCAAGACCAAAUGGUAGAUGGUAA